AUGUCGACUUUGAUGGCCCGCUUCGCCGUCCCUCUGGGGCUCGGCGUCAUGGCACUCCAGGCAUCGCUCUACGACGUUCCAGGUGGAUACCGCGCCGUCAUGUUCGACCGUUUCCAGGGUGUUAAGGACAUUGCUACCGGCGAGGGCACCCACGUUCUCGUCCCUUGGCUCCAAAAGGCCAUCCUCUACGACGUCCGCAUCAAGCCACGCAACAUCUCCACCACCACGGGCUCCAAGGAUCUGCAGAUGGUCUCGUUGACGCUCCGUGUGCUCAGCCGACCCGACAUCCAGCACCUCCCCAAGAUCUACCAGUCGCUCGGCAUCGACUAUGACGAGCGAGUGCUUCCGUCCAUCGGAAACGAAGUGCUCAAGGCCACUGUGGCGCAGUUUGACGCUGCCGAGCUCAUCACACAGCGAGAGGUCGUCUCGGCUCGCAUUCGCGAGGAUCUGCUCAAGCGAGCCAAGGAGUUCAACAUCGUCCUAGAAGACGUCUCGAUCACGCACAUGACGUUCGGACAGGACUUUACAAAGGCGGUCGAGCAAAAGCAGAUCGCACAGCAGGACGCAGAGCGCGCCAAAUUCAUCGUCGAAAAGGCCGAGCAGGAGCGACAGGCGAGUGUUAUCAGGGCAGAGGGAGAAGCCGAGGCGGCGCAAACCAUUUCAAGGGCACUGGAGAAGGCAGGCGACGGUCUGUUGACCAUCCGAAGGAUCGAGGCGUCCAAGGAUAUCGCAUCGACAUUGAGCAGCGCCAAGAACGUCACUUACCUCCCACGCGGCCAGGGCAUGCUUCUCAACAUGCAGACCUGA